AUGCCCAUCGGGUCAAAGAUAGCAGUCAUGCAGAAAGAUACAGAUGCCAAAGGCAUUGGUCAUGGAGAGACAAUCAGUCAUGGAGAAAUUACCAGUUAUGCCAAAAGCACCAGUCAUGGAGAAAGUGCCAGUCAAGCAGAAAAGGACAGUCAUCUUAAAGAUAUCAGUCAUGCAAAAGGUGCCAAUCAAGCCAAAAACACCAAUACUGCAGAAGGUGUCAGUCAUAAAAAAUGGAUCUUAAUGGAGAGAUCACCAGUAAUGAAGAAGGCCAGUCAUGCAGAAGGCCUCAGCCUUGCCAACGACGUCAGUCAUGCAAAAGGUGUUAGUCACAGAGAAAUGACUGGUUAUGCCAAAGUCACCAGUCAUGACAAAGAUGCCGGUCAUACAGAAAGUGACUAUUUUGACAAAGGCAUCAAUCAUGAAGAAAACAUACUUUAA